UCCGGGUUUUAAUUAAAUUUCUUAUAUAAAUAAGGGCGUCUCAAUGCCAAACCCUUCAUCGUUUAGAAUUUCAGAUCUGGUAGAAACCAGAGGCAAACCCAAAUUCUUUGAAGCUCUUCUAAGUUCUCUCUCACCUCACUUCCAAGAUGCAGAUUUUCGUGAAAACCCUCACGGGCAAGACCAUCACCCUCGAGGUUGAAAGCUCUGACACCAUUGACAAUGUCAAAGCCAAGAUCCAGGACAAGGAAGGCAUUCCCCCAGACCAGCAGAGGCUGAUCUUUGCUGGCAAGCAGCUUGAGGAUGGCCGCACCCUCGCCGAUUACAACAUCCAGAAGGAGUCCACCCUCCACUUGGUGCUUCGUCUCCGUGGUGGUAUGCAAAUCUUUGUCAAGACCCUUACCGGGAAGACAAUCACCUUGGAAGUUGAAAGCUCGGAUACCAUUGACAAUGUCAAGGCAAAGAUCCAGGACAAGGAGGGCAUUCCCCCUGACCAGCAGAGGCUCAUCUUUGCUGGAAAGCAGCUCGAGGAUGGUCGCACCCUUGCUGACUACAACAUCCAGAAGGAGUCCACCCUUCACUUGGUGCUUCGACUCCGUGGUGGUAUGCAAAUCUUUGUCAAGACCCUUACUGGGAAGACAAUCACCUUGGAAGUUGAAAGCUCGGAUACCAUUGACAAUGUCAAGGCAAAGAUCCAGGACAAGGAGGGCAUUCCCCCAGACCAGCAGAGGCUCAUCUUUGCUGGCAAGCAGCUUGAGGAUGGUCGCACCCUUGCCGACUACAACAUCCAGAAGGAGUCCACCCUUCACUUGGUGCUCCGACUACGCGGUGGUAUGCAAAUCUUUGUUAAGACCCUUACUGGGAAGACAAUCACCUUGGAAGUUGAAAGCUCGGAUACCAUUGACAAUGUCAAGGCAAAGAUCCAGGACAAGGAGGGCAUUCCCCCAGACCAGCAGAGGCUCAUCUUUGCCGGUAAGCAGCUUGAGGAUGGACGCACCCUUGCUGACUAUAACAUCCAAAAAGAAUCGACUCUGCAUUUGGUGCUCCGGCUGCGUGGUGGUAUGCAGAUAUUUGUGAAAACUCUGACCGGGAAAACCAUUACUCUGGAAGUGGAAAGCUCUGAUACUAUUGAUAAUGUUAAGGCCAAAAUCCAGGACAAGGAGGGUAUUCCCCCAGACCAGCAGAGGUUGAUCUUUGCAGGCAAGCAGCUCGAGGAUGGAAGGACCCUUGCUGACUAUAACAUUCAAAAGGAGUCCACUCUGCACUUGGUGCUCCGGCUGCGUGGUGGUAUGCAGAUAUUUGUGAAAACUCUGACCGGGAAAACCAUUACUCUGGAAGUGGAAAGCUCUGAUACUAUUGAUAAUGUUAAGGCCAAAAUCCAGGACAAGGAGGGUAUUCCCCCAGACCAGCAGAGGUUGAUCUUUGCAGGCAAGCAGCUCGAGGAUGGAAGGACCCUUGCUGACUACAACAUUCAAAAGGAGUCCACUCUGCACUUGGUGCUUCGACUGCGUGGUGGGAUGCAGAUCUUUGUGAAGACUCUGACUGGCAAGACCAUAACGUUGGAGGUGGAGAGUUCGGAUACAAUUGAUAAUGUGAAGGCCAAGAUUCAGGACAAGGAGGGCAUUCCUCCAGACCAGCAGAGGCUCAUCUUUGCCGGUAAGCAGCUCGAGGAUGGGAGGACUCUUGCAGAUUACAACAUUCAGAAGGAGUCUACCCUUCACCUUGUCCUUCGUCUCCGAGGUGGUCUCUGAAUUCUGAAUGAUCCUUGUGGUUCCAUCCUUUUCUGAUCAGUGAACAGUGGCUUUGUUAAGUAUUUUUAUUUUUGAAUUUUCGUACUUGGCUGAUGGAUGAUGGGUCACACUCAGACUAUCUAGUUAAUAAAUAAACAUGCUUUGUAUGUAUCUGCUCUGUUUCUUUUUUGCAUUUGAAAUUUCUGUUAUACAUGCAUCUAUAUUGCUCUAUAAUAUUGUUUUUGUGGUCUGGUUAAAAUCAAAGCAGAGGAUUCGAAUCCGUGGUUGAAAUCGAGUCUAUGUACCCCAAGUUGAAUUAAACUAAGAUGUAAUUGACAUUCCCUUUUGUAUUCCUGGUAGAUGUAAAUGUCGUUUUUACUUCAAUGCAAGAACGUAAACCAGUUUUUCA